CUUUGCAUUCACUAAAAGGUAAAAACCCAAGCUCUGUGAUCGCUCGACAAAUCUUUGGCUGGGAUGAAGGUGAAAGGGAAAACUUAUGCCACCCAACAUCGCAGAAUCCCAUGAUGUUUUAGACAAGAAAACAAUGUUUCGCGCCAGACAAACUUUGGCCCGAAUUAAACUCACUCUUCAGAGCAAGCAAUUUUGCAGCAGCACUACCAAACCCAACAACAAUAAUAACAAAAGCAUCAGUGAAAAAACAGAUUCAAAAGUGAGCAAAUACGAGGAGGCGAACAGGCAACUAGAUAAUCUUGACUUCAUGAAAGCUGCUAAGAUCCUCUUCAGUGACCCUCCAAAGAAAAAGAAAUUUGGGAUUGAUUUCCAUCUGGUACAACUCUUCUUCACCUGCUUGCCUUCACUGGCUGUAUAUUUGGUGGCUCAAUACGCUCGACAUGAAAUGAAAAAAAUGGAUGCGGAACUAGAGAAGAAAAAGAAAGAAAAAGAGGAGAAAGCAAAAGAGGAAGAACUAAAAGCUAUGGAAGAAAAAGCUCAGUCUGAGUUGGAGCUUCUAGAAGUGAAGGAGAGAAUAGGUAAACUAGAGGAGGUCGUUAAGGAAAUGGCGGUUGAAUCUAAGAAACAAUCAGGUGGCAGUGUAACAAAAACCCAGGUCCAGGAAGACAGUAGCGAGACAGUAAAACAGAAGUCUCUGGGACCAGCAUCAAUUCCUGAUUCUUCGCUGCAGGAUCAGAAGGGCAAGACCCAAAAUGAAGGAACUUCCCGAGAUGCUAAGAGAUAGAAGCCUUGUUGCUAAGUUCUGUAGAAAGUGGAAGAGCUCUUUUUUUGACAAAGCAUGCCACUGACACAGUAAGCCCACUUUUGCCUGACAAUCGAUCGGGUGUUUGACAUUUCCAGGCUAUUUUAGGUUAGAUAGUUGUGCUAUCUAACAGUUUUAAAUCCCUUCUAGUUAGAAGUAUUUAUUCAAAUGUUUGAAAAGGAACAUGUGUAUUCACAACAGAAUCAUUUCUUUUCUUGUUGGAUUUCAAUUUUUGCUUGCCACAUGUAUAAAGUUUUGUAGCAGAAAAACUGGAUGGUUUAAAAUCAUCACAGCCGAUCAAUUGAAGAUUUUACGUUUUAUA